ACAUACUUAUUUGAGCCGAUAGUAUCUCAAUCUGUCAACCCUUCAUGUGAAAUUGAAGAUUUUGAUUUUCCAGAUGAUGAAAUGCUUACGUACACGCAGGUCGAGAAGUUAAACAAUACAUUUGCACAGAUGGAAGAGGAUGCAAAUGCAAACAUGAUGCAAAGUUUCCCACCUGCACCAAUCCCGGACAUGACAGACGAUGCCAAAGCCCAGGAGACCCAUGCAGAGCUCUCAAACAACACUAAUGGAUCACCUUCACGGCUCCUCAAUCUCAACAAUUCCCAGGCAUUGCCGCAGACACCAUGUUCUAUGGCAUUGUUUGAUGGGGAAAACAUUGUUAAUGAAGAGAUGGACCAUGCAUGCGCACAUAUAUACAGGGAGGUCGGCCUUGAUGAUGACUCUGCAUUGCUCUUUCAAGAUGGACAGAAUCCUGAUGGAGGAUCAUUUGACCAAUUGCAUCCACAGAUAUUUUUUGUCCUCAUAUUUGUUAAGUCAUACUUGUAGAUGAGGCCAUCAUUAAUGUUUAUUUACUUUGACCACAUCCAGAAUACUACUCAUGGUCCAAUAUUCGACUGUACCCCGACUCUAGGGGAAGCCUUUGCUGACCUGUAUCACAAAGGGCCUUCUAAUGAUAAAGAAGUUGUAUUUGACUCGACGCCGAAGGUUAAGGAAAGUGAUGUUCAAAUUGAAGUUGUGCAAACUGAUGCUGCUAAGUUUGAUUCCACACCCACCACGGCAAAUCCAUGUACCGAAGUACCCAGCUCGACUGUUGAUGACCCCAAACAACAACAACAGUCCGGCAUCUCAGAUUGGAGGAAGGUUAUCCGAAUUAUCGCACCAGCUGAUGACAUUGCCAAAGCACGGCAGCUACGGAGCAUGUUUUUGUCACCAGAUUGCCCUCUUAAAUCGGAUGUUGUCAUGAGUUAUGGUGGCAGCAUUGCAACAGGCAACCAGGUUGCUGAAUCAUUUGCUGACAAAGCAUAUAUGGAGGACUGCUUUAUGGAGUUCUUUUUGAAGUGUUUUAAAGUAGAUAACUUUCACCUCAGAGAAUGGUUUUCUGGUCGCCGCAUUGUCAUUUCCUUAAAACCUGCGAGGCUUCUUAAUUGGGAAAACAAGCACCUUCCAUCAAUGGCAGAACUGCCACCAUUUAAUAAGGAGGCCCUUCAGUUUGAACUAGAAAAAUCUCUGCCCAUGAAGAACGGCAUGAAGGACUGCAAAACUCAGUACGUUCCUAUCAUUGACAGAGGUCAUUGGAUCUUGUUCGUUAUCAAUGCCAGAGAUGGUCAUGUUAAAGUCAUAGAUUCUAACCCGUACGAACAUUUAGGAACCGUGGCGAAUGACAGGCACCGUGAGCCUAGGAAGAUGAGUGGCCGUACGGUUAAGUGGCCCCCCUAAUCUUAUCGGCAGGUUGUCUACUGCUUUGCAUGAUGCCAGGCCAAAGAUUGGGAUUCCAAAGUUUGGAAAAUGGCCAUUUAAAGUUGUUGGAAACAGCCCAAAGAUGUCGGUCGGUUCAAAUGACUCUGGUUUUUAUGUGAUGAAAUACAUGCAGUGCUAUGACCCGGAUAAAUCAAUCUUUACCAGCACCAUCAUACAAGAGAAACAUGGUGACCUUCGGUGCCAAUUCCUGAGUUACUUAGUGUUUCAUAGGUGCAAUCGUGUGGAGAAGCUUCCAGAUGUGAUAGAAGCUUUUCGGCCGGUGUUGUAGAAACCUUUCAAAACUGAUCUUUUGUGUUGGAGAGCUUAACUUUUGUUCAAGAAUGUUAUAGGCUCUAACAGUAUAGGCAUCCUGACCACACCUCGUGUGUGUGUGCUAGAAGCCUGGCUUGUCCAGAUUGUGGUAACACUAGUUGUUCAUGCAUACUUUGCAUGAUCAUGACCAAAAUUUUGUACAUGCUUGUAAAUCAUCAGUGUAUAAUUUGAAAACCAAUACAUCUGAUGAAACUACCA